AUGAGCCCGGGCAAGAACCAGCCAGGACAUGCAGAUGGCCGGCGAUGCUUUGUGACUGUUGGCGCGACCGCCAGCUUCAUCAGGCUGCUGCGCGAGGUGCUCGAGCCGCGUUUCCUCGACGGCCUCGGUGCCAGAGGCUUCAGCGAACUCGUCGUGCAGACCGGCCCCGACCACGACUGGGCUCUGAAACAGAUUGAGGCUCUGGGACAGCAGUCUGAUGACGCACCCAAGACAGACGGGCCCCCAAAACCGCAGUGGCCGGCCAUCGAGGUCGUCUCCUACACCACCGAUAUGCCUUCGCUGAUGCUUCCCUGCCGUGGCGAGGCACACCGACAACUGCCGGGCGCGAUGAUCUCGCACGCGGGCUCUGGGUCCAUCCUGGAGGCCGUGCGGUGUGACGUCCCGCUCAUUGUCGUGGCAAACCCCGACUUACUCGGCAACCACCAGGCCGAGCUGGCCGAUGCCGUGCAUGACGCCGGAUGGGCUGUGCGAGGCGAUUUGGGACGCUUGGACGAUGCGGUUGCAGAGCUGCAGGAAACUCUGGCGGCGACACAGGCUGAAGGUCUGCCUCCAUACCAAGAACCGCCAUUUCCGACUGCAGAGGCCGAGCGGAGCGGCCUGUUUGACUGGGCAGCCGUGUAUGCAGGACAAGACCCCUGCACAGCGUCAACAGAACCGAAUCUGCUGCGACUAGACUAG